UCAUCCUCGUCGUCGUCGACAGUACCAGCCGGGAUGAUGCUUCACACCGAGGGAGCGCAGGGAUUAUUCCACGUCUGAUUAUUAGCGUCUCGGGAAUAUUGUCGCGUCUCGGGAAUAUUGUCUCCAAUAAAAAAACAAAAACGUAUUUUCGAGUGGAGCCGAACUAAUUUCGUGCUUGGAAAAGGAGGAGACGUGAUGGAGGAGAUCGACAGAUUCCAAGUGCCCUGCAAUGCCGCGCAGGAGGGGGAGAUGCAGCCGCUGGACCCAGCUUCUUCUACAGCAUCAGAGGCUGAUUCAGACACCAGGGAAGGGGAAGAAGUCACAAUCAACUACAAGCCAUCCCCCUUGCAGAUGAAAAUCGAGAAACAAAGAGAUCUGGCCAGGAAGGGCUCGUUGAAGAACAGCAACACUGUAGGCAGUCCAGUCAAUCAACAGCCCAAGAAGAACAACGUCAUGGCCAGAACACGGUUGGUAGUACCCAAUAAAGGUUAUUCCUCGUUGGACCAGAGUCCAGAUGAGAAGCCCUUGGUUGCGUUGGACACAGACAGCGAUGAUGACUUUGACAUGUCGAGAUACUCGUCGUCAGGAUACUCCUCUGCUGAGCAAAUCAACCAAGAUCUCAACAUCCAGCUUCUGAAGGAUGGUUACCGUUUGGAUGAGAUACCAGACGACGAGGACCUGGAUCUGAUCCCGCCCAAAUCAGUGAACCCCACCUGCAUGUGCUGCCAGGCGACCCCCGCCUCUACCACCUGUCAUAUCCAGUAACCCUGUCGUGACCCCUCUCUUCUCUCUCUCUCCACGAAGCAUAACCCCGAUCUUCAUCUGCUGAGUUUGUUCCUCUGUCAAGACUGGUGUCAGCAGUGGGGUCCUGGUAGAGAAUAUAGUACUGAUCAAUACAUAAUGUGAUAAUGGGAAUGACAAAUCUAUUAACUAAUAGGUUUUGCUUCAUACUAUGUUAAGGGAUGUGUGAAAAUAGUCAUUAUAUAUUUGAAUUGUGGUGGUUUCCUCCUAUGGUAGGACAUGCACUUCUACUGAAAACUAUGUAAAAAGGAUGAUAUUGCUGGCUUGGCUUACCUGAAAUAUGGUUUACAUUUUUAACUGAGGUUUUUUAUGUUUGUUUUUAAUCUUUAGUUGAACCUAAUUGUUGUGUUUGGAAGAGGCUGAACGCUGCAGUCUUGCGGAUUCUAGCGCCGUCAAUACUGUACCGGUUGUGAUGUAGCAAAGGCCAGGUUGCACUCGUCCUCCAUCCUUUCACUAUAUUUUGUCCUACUGGCUUUGAACGUUUCAAGGCAACAUGGAUAAAGUGCAAAUACAGUCACCACCGAGAAGUGAAGGUACAAAUCAACAUUUGCACUGGGGCUGCACGAUUAAUCCCAUUGACCAGUGGUUCUUAACCUGGGUUCGAUCGAACCCUAGGGGUUCGGUGAGUCGGGCUCAGGGGUUCGGCGGAAGUUAAGACACACCCGACUCAUCGUGUAAAUAAAAACUUCUCCCUAUCGGCGUUUUACGGAUACGGCAACAGUGGAAGUCAUUUGUUGUGAAAUUAUGCACUGUGUUGGUAUUGUUCUUUGAACAAGGUGAUGUUCAUGCACGCUUUAUUUUGUGCACCAGAAAAAAAACAUGGUAACGCUUUAGUAUGGGGAACAUAUUCACCAUUAUUUGCUCAUUAACGUGCAAAUCAUUAACAUAUUGGCUCUUAACUAGUCAUUAAGUACUAAUUAAUGCCUUAUUCAGCAUUGCCUUAUUAUAACCCUAACCAAAUAACUCUAAAUUAAGUCUUUGUUACUUAGAAUUAGGGCUGCAACAACUAAUCAAUUAAAUCGAUUAAAAUCGAUAACAAUAGUUGGCGAUUAAUUUAGUCAUUGUUCGUUGGAUCUACGCUGUGCGGAUGCGCAGAGACUACUUUUUGUAUUCAUUUGAAAAAAAACAAUAUAUAUAUAUAUAUUUUUUUUUUUUUUAAAUAAACCUUUAUUCAUAAACUGCAACAUUUACAAACAGCUGAGAAACAAUAAUCAAAAUAAAUAUGGUGCCAGUAUGCUGUUUUUCAAUAAAAUACUGGAAAGGAUAGAAAUGUAGUUUGUCUCUUUUAUCCGACUAUUAAUCGAAGUAAUAAUCGAAAGAUUCAUCGAUUAUCAAAUUAGUUGUUAGUUGCAGCCCUACUUAGAAUAUGUUCCCCUGGUGUCAAAAAAAACUCUAAAUUAAGUCCUUGUUACUUAGAAUAUGUUCCCCAUACUAAAGUGUUACCAAAAACAUAUCAUAUUUUUCGGACUAUAAGUCGUUCCGAAGUAUAAGUCGCACCCACGGCCACACUAUGAAAAAAACAUCGAAUUAUAGUCCGAAAAAUACGGUAACUCUGUCUUGAAUUUGAAAAAAACAUUUAAAUUGUAUUUUUCACUAAAGAAGGGUUCGGUGAAUGCUUCUUUAAUUAAGGUUUUAAUUAGGAAGAACCAAAAUAUGAUUAUAAAGCCAAAUGUCCCGUUAAGUGAUAUUUCAGCUUCAAACCAGAUAGGCAAUAUGAGCCCAUCAACACUGACGAACGAGCAAGAAUGCAGUGCUGGCAACAAUAAAACAAAGACCUAUCUGACCUGAUUUUUCCAUCUGGGAAAAAAGAAUGCACUUUAAGAUGUUCAACAUUUAUUUCAGUUACAUUUUUGCUUACAGAAAUGAGUCCAAUUUUCAGUUAUUAUUUAUUUAUUUAGGAUAAUAAAGUUAUUUACCUUCAAAUUACAGUACGAUGGUAAACAAUGUUAUGGUAACGAGAAUUACGAGUGUAUAUCCUUUUAAAUGGUUACUUGCAUUAUUAUGGUUACAUUACACCACAAACACUGUUUUUUAUCAGUUAGCAUGGUGUAGAAAAAAGCUCUGAGUCCGACUGCAUAAAGCCAAGUAUUUUUGGAAGUAAAUACUGCAUAUCGUUCUAAAAUGUGGCACCUUGAGACAAAAAUAUGUUGAUGGACAGUCUAAAAGUAACAUGUCUUCCUUCACUCGUUAUUUUCCCAGUUUUAUGCAUAUACAGUGGGGCAAAAAAGUAUUUAGUCAGCCACCGACUGUGCAAGUUCUCCCACUUAAAAUGAUGACAGAGGUCUGUAAUUUUCAUCAUAGGUACACUUCAACUGUGAGAGACAGAAUGUGAAAAAAAAAAAAAUCCAGGAAUUAACAUUGUAGGAAUUUUAAGGAAUUUAUUUGUAAACUAUGGCGGAAAAUAAGUAUUUGGUCAACCAUUCAAAGCUCUCACUGAUGGAAGGAGGUUUUGGCUCAAAAUCUCACGAUACAUGGCCCCAUUCAUUCUUUCCUUAACACGGAUCAAUCG